AUGGCCUACCCCCCAUCUUCCUACGGCGAUCGUCCCGCACUCCAAGGCUACCGCAGGUCCUUCACGCUACCAACACGCGCCCUAUCAGUUCAUGAAAAGGCGGGCCUUGAGACAGCUGACGCAGAUACAAACACCCUUUUCUCACAUGACUCCGCUCGCAUUAUCCUCUUUUCUCCGCCUACCGACUCGAUCUCGGCGAAGAGCAAAGAAAUAUUGCCCGACGCGGACUAUCCUGUCGAUGCCGUGGAAACACUCCCAUGGCGUUCCCGUACCGAGACACUCGCCGCCACUGGGGCUAUCGUUAUUGAGAAGGUUCGCGGCUCUACUUACUUCCUGAAGUCCGCCGAUCAAAAGGUCAUUCACACCAUAAUGCGCAACUCUCAAUGUUGGUGUGUGGAUGGUGAAUCCAAGUUCGUCCUUCGCAUUGGCAAAUUGCGAUAUUAUAGGAUAGAAUUGCCCUCGGAAUCAGAAGAGGAUAAGAAGAAGGUUGAAGAAUUGAAGCAGGCUUUACCCAAAGUUCUUCGCUUCGAGAGGACUCCCUGUCCUUUCAAGAGGGCAUUUCAUGUCGAUCUCCCAGAGGAUGCUAUUACGCCCCGACGGAAGGGUACUUGGAAGAGGAAGCAAUUGCCACAACCAACCACGCCUAACACAGACCCUCCUCCAAGAAGGACCAAGACGGCACGUGCCUGGAGUCUACAGGGCGAGACGUCUGCGACUCCGAUGCGAUAUGGAAGGCGAGGCUCGGAUUAUGGGUUCGAUACUAGCCGGGGUUCGUCUCCGAGACCACUGUUUGGAGGAGACGGCUAUCGCUCUGGCACUCCUUCAAGCCUCGCAUCGAAUGAGGAUGCUGGGGAGUACAAGCACGGAGACGGCUCAAGCGAGGAUGGUGGGCCACAGGUUGAGACGCAAUCAGAGCAGGCCGACGAAGACCACCCGUCAGCUGAGUCACUAGGCGAAACAGCAUCCACUUCAGAAGACUGGGCUCAUCUUCAAACAACAGCUGGAACUCAGUCCGACAAUGCCUCUGCUCUUGAAUCUGCUUCAGAUGUCGAUGCAAGAUCCCUCCACGAGCCCAACCUUGCGGGGAAGAGGCCAGCUGCAACAGAGCUCCCCCUCGAUGGAGCUGAUCCUACCAGCUUUGACUUUGAGGCUUCUCCAAAUUCCCAUUCAGCUCCAGAUAACUCCGAGGAAACAGACCAUCUUCAGAAAGAGAGUGAUGAGAGUAACCAUCCGGAUCCUCCUAUUGAAGAAAGCCUGCCGGAACAGCAUAAAGAGAUUCUCGAUGUGGAAAUUACAGAAUAUGUGCAGAAUAAGGAGGAUUCAGAGCCAGCGACUUCUCACCACGAUGAUUCUGUCCCCUUGCCUGUCGCGGAUACACAGGCCCAAAAUUCACACACCAAAGAGGCUAUAAAUGAUCCUCCUGUUGAUAUUGUGGAAACAGCCCUGAGCUUCAGAUCAGAUCCAGUCGAACUCCAGUCGGACACGGAAGCACAAGUCGAGAAUGCUGAAGCCAGCACAGAUUCUUUGACACAAGAUACAACCCUGAGCAGAGUGUCUAGCGUGGAUUCAUUCCACACCACAAACUCUUUAACAGAGCAGUCCCUGGCGGAACACGUGGACGCCUUCGACUCUGAGAAGACGCCUAACGUCGAGAGGUUUGACCCAUUCUCUACAAGAACUCGAACACACAGGAGGGAACUUUCCGAAAUGACAGUGACCGCUUCAACUGUGGACUCAUAUCUAGAUCAUAACACUGAGUUGCGACCACCCACCAGUGACUCAAACGAAAACCCUGCGACACCAGCUCUUGCCAGAUCUACGAUUUCAGACUCUUCGUGGCCUGAUGUCCAAACACCAUCCUCACCAGCGAAAAACGAGGGACUCAGAAAGCGACUGAAGACCCAACGGUCGUUCUCGCCACUACCACCAUCCACGACUAUAUUCUCCCCCGGUUCGCCUACUCAUGGGCAUCAUUUUACGGCAGAAAUUCUGCAGAAAGCCUGUAACAUCGCGUUGGUAAAGCCUAUUGAGGCUGUGGUAUUACUGGUACAUAUCCUGGCACGUAUUGCCGGUGGCGCCACAGUCAACGACUUAAUCAACGGAAACCUUUUUCGACGACCUCAACAGCAUCAAAGGAGAUCAAGUUUUCCAGAUCAGAGGAGUCCUUCACGAGAUGAUACUGAUGAUGAGGAUGACUAUGGAGUGCCUCUUCGGGGCCGGACCCGUAGUAUGGGAUCCAAUGCCAAUCCAACAUCGGCCAGGGACACAGAUGCCGACUCCAUGUUCGAUCUGGAUUGA